AUGGUUAAACAAUUGAUCAAGGUGGCGGAAGACCCUACGGUCGGCAGGUACGUGGCCGCUAAUGUAGACUUGGCCGCUUGGCAAGUGGCGCUCGUCGAACGGCCGCUUAUUCGGGGCCCGUCGCAGGUCACACGGCCUGUGUGUCUGGGAUGUCUGAAGUCGAUUACGGCGGACUCAGCGGUGAGGUGCGAACGGUGCGGUUGGCCGAUGUGUCCGGACAGCAACUGUUCGGACGACGAAUGGCACAAGGCCGAAUGCGACUGGACAGUGACGCGGAGAAAACAGAAGAUAGAGAUCAAAGACUUCACGAACCCGCAUCCCAGCUACCAGUCGAUCACGGUUAUCAGGUGCCUGUACCAGAAGCACAACAACCCGGAAGUCUGGGCCAAACUAACCAAGCUGGAGUCGCACUGCGCCAGUCGCCGAGGUGGGUCCAAGUACGAAACGGACCGCAUAUGGAUUGCGGACCACUUGCGGAGGUUUUUCAAAUUAGACCCGACAGAAUGGCCGGCGGACGAGAUACUCAGAGUGUGCGGGAUCGUGCAGGUCAACGGACACGAAGUCCCGCUUACCGAUCCACCGUACGUGGCCAUCUACGACGCGGGCUCGAUGCUGGAGCACAGCUGCGUGCCCAACUGCUCCAAGUCGUUCACGCGCGACGGCCACCUGUUAAUCAGGACCGCGGCCGCAGCUGUCGAGAGCGGCGGACACCUGUCCAUCUCGUACACAGACGUGCUGUGGGGCACCGCACAGCGGCUCGCCCAUCUGGCUGACACGAAAUUCUUCGUCUGCAAGUGUCCUAGGUGUUCCGACCCCACGGAACUAGGAACGUACUUUAGCGGAGUCAAGUGCGCCACUGAAGACUGUAUGGGAUAUUCGUUGCCGAACGUCCAUCCGUCUACCGAUGACCCGUUCGACGUCGAAUGGACGUGCAACUUUUGUUCCACUGUCGCCGACCCAAACCAGAUCGAACUGUCGCUGGCCCACGUGGGUCGAGAUAUGGCAGCUAUGAACCGCCGCGACCCGAAACACUGUCAGAUGUUCCUUGACCACUACGUGUCGGCCGGCGACUUGCACCCCAACCACUAUUACUUCACCGAAGUCCGCCUGAACUUGGCCCAACUCUACGGGCAGCUGGAAGGCCAGCCGCUGGACACGUUGUCUUCGGAACAGCUGAGCCACAAACGAGAGCUGUGUCUGAAAGUCUUAAAAGUAGCGGACGCUUUGUUCCCUGCCGAAUGCCGAAUACGAGGAGCCCUGAUGUUCGAGUUGCACGCCGUAAUGGCGGAAGACGCCAGGAGAUCCCAGCAUGACACCAAUGCCGUAAUGGAGGCUCUGUUGAGAUCCAAGUCCUAUCUGGAACAAGCCGAAAAUUUGUUGAAAUACGAACCGAAAGAAUUGCCCGAAGGUCAGAUGGCCGCCCAGUGCAAACAGAACGCCAUAGAUUUGGACUUGUUGUUAAAAAAAUUACACGAAUCGAUUGGCAGCGCACCCAUGUGA